GAUGUGUCAGCUCCGCGGGGGUUAGGGGGAGCCCGGGCGCUGAGAGCGCGGCGUCGGCCUCGUUUUCCACCGUUGCCCCUCGCGUCUCCUGAUCUGCCGCACCCCGCUAUGGAGAAGCUGGUCCCUAAGACGGUGCUCCCGCGGCCUCGGUAGGGGUGCAGACGGAGGCUCGGAGAAGUGGGAUGUAAAACGAAGAUCAGGAACAGAUUUGAAGAAUGCAGAGCGAAUUGGUGCCAGUCAGCAUGUCAGAGACAGAGCAUGUCGCCUCCAUUUCCUCUGAUAAAAAUAUUGGGAAAACAUCUGAACUAAAGGAAGACUCAUGCAACUCGUUUUCUGGUGAUGAAAGCAGCAGCUUAGAAAAUGAGUCCAAACUAUUAUUAAACUUUGAUAAAACUUCAUGUCAGCCUAAUGAACACAAUAAUCAAAUUGAAGCACAGGAAAAUUAUAUUCCAGAUCAUGGUGGAGGUGAGGAUUCUUGUGCUAAAACAGACUCAUGCCCAGACGAUUCUGAACAAAUAGCUAAUUUUCCUGGUGGAGAUUUUACAAAGCAAGUUUCAAAAACCAAUGGAACUGAACAGACAGUAAGUCAAAUAUUGGCUGAAUUAAGGUCAUCUACAUUUACUGACGCAGCUAGUCAAAAGACUUAUUCAGAAAGUCCCUACGAUACAGACUGUACCAAGAAACUUAUUUCAAAAAUAACGAAUGCUUCCACAUCAGAGGAUUUGUUAGAAGAAAUAGAAUCUGAGCUCUUAUCUACGGAUUUUGCAGAACACCGAGUACCCAAUGGAAUGCAUAAGGGAGAACAUGCGUUAGUUAUGUUUGAAAAGUGUGUACAAGAUAAGUAUUUGCAGCAGGAGCACACCAUAAAGAAGUUAAUUAAAGAAAAUAAGAAGCAUCAGGAGCUCAUCCUAGACAUAUGUUCAGAAAAAGACAAUUUAAGAGAAGAACUAAAAAAAAGAACAGAAACAGAGAAGCAGCAUAUGAGCACAAUUAAACAGUUAGAAUCAAGAAUAGAGGAACUUGAUAAAGAAGUUAAAGCUUCCAAAGAUAAACUAAUAGCUCAAGAUAUCGCAGCUAAAAAUGCAGUUCAGCAGUUGCAUAAAGAGAUGGCCCAUCGGAUGGAACAGGCCAGUAAGAAAUGUGAAGAGGCUCGCCAGGAGAAAGAGGCAAUGGUAAUGAAGUAUGUAAGAGGGGAGAAAGAAUCUUUAGACCUUCGAAAAGAAAAGGAGAUCCUUGAGAGAAAACUGAGAGAUGCAAAUAAAGAAUCUGAGAAAAACACUAACAAAAUCAAGCUGCUCUCUCAGGAGAAAGGACGGUUGCAUCAGCUAUAUGAAACAAAGGAAGCUGAAACUACUAGACUCACCAGAGAACUAGACAAAUUAAAAGAAGAUAUCAACUCUCACAUCAUUAAAGUAAAAUGGGCACAAAACAAAUUGAAAGUGGAAAUGGACUCACACAAGGAAACCAAAGAUAAACUCAAAGAGACAACAACAAAGCUAACCCAAGCAAAGGAAGAAGCAGAUCAGAUACGAAAAAAUUGUCAGGAUAUGAUAAAAACAUACCAGGAGUCAGAAGAAAUUAAAUCAAAUGAGCUUGAUGCCAAACUUAGAGUCACAAAAGGAGAGCUUGAAAAACAAAUGCAAGAAAAAUCUGACCAGCUAGAGAUGCAUCAUGCCAAAAUAAAGGAACUAGAGGAUCUGAAGAGGACGUUUAAGGAGGGCAUGGAUGAGCUACGAACACUGAGAACAAAGGUGAAAUGCCUGGAAGAUGAACGAUUAAGGACAGAAGAUGAAUUGUCGAAAUAUAAGGAAAUUAUUAAUCGCCAAAAAGCUGAAAUUCAGAACUUCUUGGACAAAAUGAAAAUUGCAGAUCAGAUACAGGAGCAAUAUCAAAGAGGUAAACAAGAAAUUGAAAAUUUGAAGGAAGAAGUGGAAAGUCUUAAUUCUUUGAUUAAUGACCUACAAAAAGACAUCGAAGGCAGUAGGAAAAGAGAAUCCGAGCUACUACUGUUUACAGAAAAGCUCACUAGUAAGAACGCACAGCUUCAGUCUGAAUCCAAUUCUUUACAGUCACAGUAUGAUAAACUUUCCUGUAGUGAAAGCCAGUUACAAAGCCAAUGUGAACAAUUGAAACAGACAAAUACCAACUUGGAAAGUAGAUUGUUGAAAGAGGAAGAACUGCGAAAAGAGGAAGUCCAGACUCUGCAAGCUGAACUCACUUGCAGACAAACGGAAGUUAAAGCACUGAGUACCCAGGUCGAAGAAUUAAAAGAUGACUUAGUAACUCAGAGACGUAAGCAUGCCUCUAGUGUCAAGGAUCUUACCAAGCAACUUCAGCAAGCACGAAGAAAGUUAGAUCAGGUCGAGAAUGGAAGCUACGAUAAAGAAGUCAGCAGCAUGGGAAGUCGUUCUAGUUCAUCAGGGUCCAUUAAUGCCCGAAGCAGUGCAGAAGAUCGAUCCCCAGAAAAUACUGGGUCUUCCGUAGCUGUGGAUAACUUCCCAGAAGUAGACAAGGCCAUGCUGAUUGAGAGGAUAGUAAGGCUGCAGAAAGCACAUGCCCGGAAACAUGAAAAGAUAGAAUUUAUGGAGGACCACAUCAAACAACUGGUAGAAGAAAUUAGGAAAAAAACAAAGAUAAUUCAGAGUUACAUUUUACGGGAAGAGUCUGGCACCCUUUCUUCAGAGGCGUCUGAUUUUAACAAAGUCCACUUGAGUAGACGGGGUGGCAUCAUGGCAUCUUUAUACACGUCCCAUCCGGCCGACAGUGGACUAACGUUGGAACUCUCCUUGGAGAUCAACCGAAAAUUGCAGGCUGUUUUGGAGGAUACGUUACUAAAAAAUAUUACUUUGAAGGAAAAUCUGCAAACACUUGGAACAGAAAUAGAACGUCUUAUUAAACACCAGCAUGAACUAGAACAGAGGACAGAGAAAACCUAACACAAAACUGCUGCUUGGAAAAGAAAUAGAAGCCACACAAGGAGAUGUCACUACCCAGGAUUGUUGGAAACUUCCCCUGCUUCAUGUAUCAGCCAGUAAAAAAUUUGAUUUGUUUCAUCUGUAUAGAAAAAUAUCCUUUUACAUUAGGAAUGCACUGCAGUGUAUCCUGUAAGAGUGUAGACUUGAUCAAAUUUGUUUUUGUAUGGUGACAGCCCAUCACUGAAUCAAAACAGCUUAAUUUAAUUCGCUAAGAGUCAUAUGAAGUGCUCAGCAUUACAAGGGCUUUUGAAAUUCCUUCUCCAUAUUUUUUCCCUUUAAAACACGUAGUAUCAAAAAUGAUUUCAUUUUUUUAAAUUAUGCAUGAAAGGACCAGUAAUAUGCUAUUUCCCUUACUUGAAGAAUACUAAAAAAUAAAAAAUUUUGUUUUGACAUUCCAAUAUAACAUUUGAUUGCAUUUUAAAGGGGGAUGCCAGUCAUCAUAAAUCUUUUCAUUUUAAUGGAAACUAAUAGGAAAGCUAGCUGUGGUAACUUGCAGUGUAUGUACCGUAUCUGGGCUAGUUACUUUUUUCAAAUUCAAGUUGUUUGCAUUCAUAGUUGAGUUUUUUACAUCUUCAGUUACAUAAAAUAUGAUUUUAAAUAACAUGCUCAUUUAGAAAAUUCCUGUGAACUUCAGUUAUAUUUUAAAAUGUGAAAUGGAUUAGUUAGUGAAACAAAGAGAUGAAUAAUGAAUUCUUUGAAACAGAAAUACUUCAGUUUUACUCAUAUCAAGUGUAAAGGUAAAUGUUUAAAAUAUUUAUGAAGAACCUGUUCCCAGGAGAGUGCACCCAUUCUGUGCUGUUUGCACACCCAUUCUUUAUAUUGGUAUAAUUACAUAUUAUAGUGGAGUGAUCUUACCAGUCCUAAAUAUGAGGUGUUUCAGUAUAUUUAUUUAAAGCACAAAAUAAUUACUUCUCUGUAACCAAAGGAAUUUUAGAGCCAAAUUUAUGUAUCCUAUUGGAUUUUUACAAUAUUUAUUUAAGAUGUGGCAGCUUAAACGUUGUCAGUCAUAUAGUAUCAGUAUUUCUAUGUCAUUGGAUUUUUUCUUCUUAUAAUUUCUCACCUGUUAGUUAAUUUCUGUGUCUGGUUUUUCGCAGUUCAUUAUAUUUUUGUCUUGCAGCAAACUUCAUUUUUGUUUUGGAUUUUUGCUUUCUUUUUAAAUCAUCAUUGUUUAAAAAGAUAAUUUACUAAGGAUAAGAUGAUUCAUUAUAUUAUUUUUUCUAUAUAUUGAGUUAUAGAUUGUCAUCCAAAACCAAAAUCUCACUUCGAAAUGGAAAUACAAGUUUAAAAAUGUUUUAUUUUUAAAAUAGCUGUAAAAAGUAUUAGUCUUACCAUAAUGUGUCUUGUUCUUUUUACCAAUAAUUUGUCAAAAUCAGAGGGUAAGUGCAAUCAAAUCUGAAUUAUUUUUCCAUUUGCUUCUAGAAAUAUUGUUGAUAUUCCCAAAGACUACUUAGAGUAGCCAACGUAACUAAAUUUUUACGGCUGCUUAUGUGAUACAGAUUCAAACGCUAUAAUAUUCUUUUUCUCCUAAGACACAAAAUGUAUUAAUGGAGACCAAAUAGAGAUCUGAUCUAGUGUCAUACGCCUGUACACUUUUAAAAUAUAUAUACACACUUAUUACAUACAAAAUUGAAACAUUCCAAUAUUGACAUUUGUGCACCAUUCAUGUCAAGUUUCAUUUUGAAAGAAUUAUAGAAGAAAGCUACUGUAAACCAUAUUUUGACUUAUUGUUACUCCCCCCCUCCCAAAUAUAAGAAACUAUGGAAAACUUUUGAAGAAAAUACUUAAUUUUCCUUUUGCUCUAGUUUCUACGGUAUUUUUUUUAUAUGGAUCAGGACUGAACAAAAUGUACAAAAGUGUGCAUAGCUCAGAUUUUUUCUCUGCACCUAUUCACAACAGCUCCCGACUUAAGGCUGUAGAGGGCCUUCUUCCCUUGUUGUGCUGAGUAUGUGGAGAGGAAAAUGGUCUGGAAAACCUCAGAGCUGUGGACAUUUUUUUAUAUGUUCAUUAUGAACUGGACACAUCAAAGUCUGUUUUGGUUAGUUGGUACAAUUUUUAUUUCUUUGAGCAGGAAAUGGUUUUGUGUGUGUGCGUAUGUUUGUAUACACUUUACCAGGUAUCAGUUUUAAAGUGCAUACUUACUGUGACUCCCUUUUUUCCCCGUACCCCUUCAAACUUCAGCCUGUUAAGUUUUAAGGAUUCAAAAUAGUGGGUUUGAGCAGAAUAGUGAGUGUGAACUUUGGUGUUUUCUUUUUAACUUUCUUCAUCACCAUUUAAAACAAUUUACCUUGAAAUUAAAUUUUA